AUGCCCAGACAAUUCACACUACCGACAACCCUCGCUCCCUAUGAUGGGCUAGGGGAUCCUAAGCAGCACAUCAAAAAAUUUCGAUCUAUUAUGAUCGUUAACGGGGCAUCUGACCCCAUUUUAUGUCGUUGUUUCCCUUCCUUUUUAGAUGGACCCGCCCUUGACUGGUUUUGCUCUUUACCUGCAAAUUCUAUCUCACGCUUCCAAGAACUCGCAAAGCAGUUUGAAGAUCAUUUCACAGCGUCACCAAUUUACCUGCAUGAUUUCGAUUACCUGACUACCAUUAAGCAGGGUCCGCAAGAAAGUUUGAAGGACUACAUUACCCGUUUUACGAAGAUUGCCAUGCGAAUCCCUGAUCUUCACCCAGAGGUCCACUUGCACGCCAUUAAAAGCGGCCUCUGUCCCGGGAAGUUCCAAGAAGCUAUUACAGUAGCCAAGCCAAAGACUCUGGCCGAGUUCAGGGAGAAGGCCAAGGGACAGAUAGACAUCGAGGAACUCCGUCAGGCACGACGAGCAGAAAAGUCGGCUUUCACAAAAGACGAUGAUAAACCUCGGGAGAGCAAGAAGAGUUUCAAGCCCGUGCCCCGCUACGAGUCUUACACUCAGUUCAACACAAAGAGAGAUGACAUUAUCAAGGAAAUAUUAAAUUCUAAGUUAAUCAAACCUCCCCGUAAAGCUGGCACUUAUCAUGAGCCUAAGAACGUCGAUAAAUCCAAAUACUGCACCUUUCACCAAAAAUAUGGCCAUACAACCGAUGAAUAUGUGAUUGCCAAAGAUCUCCUGGAACGCUUAGCACGACAGGGACAUCUUGAUAAGUACAUUUCAGAACACAUGCAGAAACGUCAAACUCCGAACUCCGACCAACAUGCGCCAACCUCGUCGUCCAAAAAGAAAGACAAAGCCCCGGCUCAGCCUAGAGGGGUGAUUAACUGUAUUUCAGGGGGUUACGCCGGAGGAGGAGAGACAAGCUCCGCAAGAAAGUGCACAUACAGAGCGAUGCUGGCAGUUGAACAAUCUCCCAGCAAUCCGCAACCAGGCCAAGCUUGGGGGCUGUGGUAUGACCUGUAA